AUGGUUCUUCUCUUCUUGCUCAGCCCUGGGGAAAACAGCCAAGCCCGCCUUCUCCAGGGACACUCCUGCACCAACCAAGGGCACACUCUGCAGGACAUGGUUUGGUUUGCCCCUUCAGGACUCAUGAAGAGUCCUCCUGGGGUGUUGAGGGCCGGAGGAAGGUUUUCCUGCUAUGGGAUGGGUGAAGAAGAAGAGAACCACUAUGUUUCACAGCUCAAAGAAGUCUACAGCAGCUGUGACACCACAGGGACAGGCUUUCUGGACCGGGAAGAGCUGACCCAGCUCUGCCUUAAGCUUCAUCUGGAAAAGGAGCUGCCCAUCCUUCUGCAAACACUUCUUGGAAAUGACCACUUUGCCAGGGUUAACUUUGAGGAAUUUAAGGAAGGUUUUGUGGCAGUGUUGUCAUCAAAUGCUGGUGCUGGCCCCUCGGAUGAAGACAGUAGUUCCUUGGAAUCUACUGCCUCACGUGCUGUCCCGCCAAAGUAUGUGAGUGGCUCUAAAUGGUAUGGUCGCUGGAGCUGCCCUGAGCCUGAGCCAUGUGGCUCUGCAACAGGAGCCAAAUGUUUACCAGAACAGCAGGCGAGGGCCACUGGGAGAGGCCAGCUCUGCCGCUCUGCAUCUCUGGAAAGUGUGGAGAGUCUCAAGUCAGAUGAAGAAGCUGAAAGUGCUAAAGAACCUCAGAAUGAGUUGUUUGAAGCACAAGGCCAGCUGCCAGCUUGGGGUUCUGAGGUCUUCAGAUGCCUCCAGAAGCCCUGCAGCCUCUCCCUGGACACCCCUGAGAGCCGGGUUCGUGGCAUCUGGGAAAAGCUAGGUGUUGGCAGUAACGGCCACCUCAGUGAGCAGGAGCUGGCUGUGGUCUGCCAAAGCAUCGGGCUCCAGGCACUGGAGAAGGAGGAACUGGAGGACCUGUUUAACAAACUGGAUCAAGAUGGAGACGGCAGAGUGAGUCUUGAGGAAUUCCAGCUUGGCCUAUUCAAUCACGGGCCCACUUCACUUCCAGAGUCUUCCACUCCCAUCAAACCGAGCAUGUCCUGGUCUCAUCACCAGGUCCUGGAGGAGGGCAGCUGCCAGACUGCCACAACAUCAUCCCUGGUGUCUGUGUGCUCAGGCCUGCGCCUCUUGUGCAGUAUUGAUGAUGGCACCGGCUUUGCCUUUCCUGAGCAGCUCAUCACCCUGUGGGCCCAGGAGGGGAUUCGGAACAGCAGAGAAAUCUUGCAGAGUCUUGGCUUCAGUGUGGACGAGAAGGUGAAUCUUUUGGAGCUGACCUGGGCCCUUGAGAAUGAGCUCAUGAUGGUCGGUGGUGCCACUCAACAGGCAGCCUUGGCCUGCUACCGCCAGGAGCUGAGCUUCCGCCAGGGACAAGUGGAGCAGAUGGCAAGGGAGCGAGACAAGGCGAGGCAGGACCUGGAGAAAGCUGAGAAGAGGAACCUGGAGUUUGUGCAAGAGAUGGAUGACUGUCACUCUGCCCUAGAGCAUCUCACGGAGAAGAAGAUCCAACACCUGGAGCAGGGGUACCAGGAAAGGCUGAGCCUCCUGCGGUCUGAGGUGGAGAGGGAACGUGAGCUGCUCUGGGAGCAAACCUGCAGGCAGACAGCUGUGCUGGAGAAGGACCUAGAGCGUCUGCGGGGCGAGGAGGCCAACCUACGUGGGAAGCUGACUCUGGCGCUGAAGGAAAACAGUCGAUUACAGAAGGAGAUUGUUGAAGUUGUGGAAAAGCUUUCGGAAUCAGAGAAGCUGGUCUUGAAAUUGCAGAAUGACCUGGAAUUUGUGUUGAAGGACAAGCUGGAGCCACAGAGUACAGAGCUCCUGGCCCAGGAAGAGCGGUUUGUAGAGGUCCUAAAGGAGUACGAGCUCAAGUGCCGGGACCUGCAGGACCACAACGACGAGCUGCAAACUGCACUGGAAGGCCUGCGGGCACAGCUGCCUCCGAGUUGGCGUGGCCGUCCCCAUGCACAGCCAGAGGAACGGCUGCUCUCUGGACAUGGCCCAACAGGCAUCACUUCAUUUGUGGGUGAUUGCAUUCCAGUGAGUUUAGAAACCGAGAUAAUGAUGGAGCAGGUGAAGGAACACUACCAAGACCUCAAGAUCCAGCUGGAGACCAAGGUAAAUUCCUAUGAAAGGGAAAUGGAGGUGAUGAGAAGGGACUUUGCAAAGGAGAGGGAGGAAAUGCAGCAGACCUUCAGGCUUGAGGUCCGUGUGUUGGAGUGCAGGAGGGCCGACCUGGAGGUGCUGCUCAUGAAGUCUCAGGAGCUCAUCCGAGGCCUGCAGGACCAGCUCCAGCAGGCUUCCCACAGCCCCUUGACGGAGAGGGCAGUGUUGGGACAGUGCUGUGCACAGGCGCUAUCUGGCCCAGCCCAGCGGCUGGCCCAGGAACAGGACCCACUGAAGCAGGAGCAGCGCCAGAGGCAUCGGAAGGAGCUUCAGCGAGUCAGGAUGUUGUAUUAUAUAACACAUGAGGAGAUGGAUAAAAGGAAAGAGGCAGAAGUUGAGUUGAACCACAAGCUCUCAAGGAUGGAAGCCUUACAGCAGACUGCCCACUGUAAGGACUUAGCGCUGCAGCCUCAGCAGGAGAAGGAAGAGCAGAAACGCCUGCUGCAAGUCCAUGAGGUGAUAGAGCAGCAUGAUCUGGAGAAGGAGUGGAGGGAGGGCAAAGGGAAGGAGAUCCUCCCACUCUGUGGAAGGCAGCAGCUAAAGCUUCAGGAGCUGACAGGUGAGGAGCAGAUGCAACCGCGCAGGUCCUCUGCCCUGGAGAAGGAAAGACUGGAGCUUGCCUGUAGGAAGCAAAUGGGAAAGCUUAUGCAGGAAGAAGACAUGCUGCAGGCCUGCUUGAAGGAUGGGCCAGCAGUGGCAGGUGAUGACCAAGAAGGUAUGGGUGGCCCCAUGCCCCUCUGUGCAGGCAGGAGGGAGCAGUCACUGGUGUGGCAGGAACCUGGUGCUGGGCAUGGCCAUGGGCAAGCCAGGCACAGGGAUGUGCCAGGCCAGUACUUGUGCCAUAUGGACCCCAGGCAGAGCCCAGCCCUAGACCCUGCCUUGGCCUGCAGAGGGUCCUUGGAGAACCUUGGCCUCAGAGAGGAUUGUCAGGGUGUACUUGACCCUGAGGAGGUAGCUUCUGCCCCCCCAGGGAGGUGGUUACAGGUGCAUCAACGUGGGGUGGACAAGAAAGCAGUCCUAGAGGAGCUGGUACCUCCUGCCAUUGGCCCAUCUGGUCUGAAUCAGCCUGAAGCCCAGGAGCUGCUCUGGAAAACAGAGGGAGAUGCCUCACCAGCUCAGCCCCCAACAUCAGGCAGAGGAGAGACUGAGAGGCAGCCAGCCAUUCUUGAGCGAGCUGGGAACCUGAGUGGGGGGCUGGCCCCCAUGGGGAGCCAAGGGCAGGCCUUGGAGGAACAGGCCUGGUGUGGGAACAGCACCCUGGAGCAAGGGCUGCAGCACAGCAGUGACAAGGCCAAGGAGGGCACCUCGUUCUCCCACCUGAACCUUGCUGACCCCCAGGGAGCCAGGCAGGAACAGCUUGAGGUCCUGCGGGAGGAAGAGGCCAACAUGGCUCUGGAGCAAGAGAAGGAUGGCAUGAAAACCAAACUGCUACAGCUGGAGUAUGUCGUUUGGGCUCUUGAGAAAGAAGCAGAUGCAAGAGAGAACAACAGAAUCGAGUUGGAUAGGCUUUCUGAAGAAAAUACAUUGUUGAAAAAUGAGCUGGGAAGGAUUCAGCAAGAGCUUGAAGCUGCAGAAAAGACAAAUGAUGCACAGAGGAAGGAAAUCGAGAUUUUAAAGAGAGACAAGGAAAAGGCCUGCUCUGAAAUGGAGGAACUCAACAAACAGAGUCAGAAAUGCAAGGAUGAAGUGUCCCGGCUCAAUCACAAGAUCCUUCAGCUAGGAGAGGAGGCCUCUGUCCACCAGGCCCAAGACGAGAAGAACCUCAUCAACAUUCAGCUGUUAACACAGAGACUGGAGGAGGCCAGGCACCAGGAGGAGCUGCAGAGUGAGCUAAUCCAAAAACUUGAACUUGAACUUGAACACAUGAAUCAGGAAUGUCAGAGCCUGAGACUGUCACAGUCACAGCUGAGAGAGACCCUUGAAGAAAGUCAAAAUCAGCUGCAUGGAGCCAACCUGAGGCUAAGGCUGGCACAGUCCCAGCACUCGGAGGAGGUCCACCAGCUGCAGGAGCAGAUGCAGUGGCUGGUGCCUCAGGACCACAUGACCGAGCUGCAGCAGCUACUGGAAGAGGAGCGGCAGGCCACUCAGCAGCUCCGUGAUGAGUGCAUUCUCCAGAAGGAGAAGGGGAGGCGGCUGGAAACACAGUGGGAAGAACAUGAAAAGGAGCUGAAAGACACUGAGGAGCGGGUGGAAGAGGUGGGAAGGGCUCUGAAGAACGUGGACAUGCUCCUCCAAGAGAAAGUAGCUGAGCUGAAAGAGCAGUUUGAAAAGAACACAAAAUCUCAUUUGCUGCUCAAGGAUCUCUAUGUGGAAAAUGCUCACCUGACAAAGGCACUUCAGGUCACGGAAGAGAAACUACGAGAUGCUGAGAAGAAAAACUGCAUCCUGGAAGAAAAAGUUAGAGCUCUCAACAGACUCAUCAGUAAGAUCGCUUCAGCUUCCCUCUCUGUGUGA